UGUUUACUAAAUACGUUAUAAGUAAUUCCCAUAUUAUUUACUCAUGUCUAUUUAUAGCACAAAGAUCAAUGCUUGGAAUUCCAUGUAUAAAUGCAAAGCAAUUAAUCCGGUUUUGUUUUGAUAAGUCGAGAUUCCUCGACGGCCAGUUCUUAUUUAAUUACUGUUAUAACCAUUCAGCUUUAUUUAUUUUAAAUAUUAUUCGGGGCUAUUUUAUAAAUAAUUAUUGUAAAUAAUGCGUAAAUUAUAAUACUUGCUUACGAUCGCGUGUGAAAUUCACGGACUUUAAAGUUACAGCUGAAGCAGUGAUGAAACAAAUAAAUACAGUUUUAGUUGGUAGUUGUAUGGUGCUGUUAUUAGUUACAACAGGUCAAUCUUUGGACAUAAGACUACAAGUCCAGAAUACAAAUAGGACCCUCACUAGGCUUAAAAGACAGAACGACUGUAACGGGGAUAGAACGAAAUUCCAAUGUAGCACAAAUCCAGAUUGUAUUUUAAGUGAUUAUUUAUGUGACGGCAAAGACGACUGUUCCGAUGGCAGUGACGAAAGGCAAUCCGUGUGUUCACAAAUGGUUUGUCCAGAAUACCUUUUUUCAUGCGACUAUGGCGCAUGCGUAAACGGAAACAGCCGGUGCGACGGUAAAAAGGACUGCAAGGACAACAGCGACGAGAACGGUUGUCCCUCUCGUUUCGAUAAAGUUAACACCAAUUGCCGAUCGGACCAGUUUGAAUGUGACAAUGGGCAAUGCAUCGAAACUGACGGCAGGUGUAACGGAAUAGCGGAAUGCGAGGAUAAAAGUGAUGAAACCGAGAGGUUAUGUCUGAAUAUCGAGUGUCCUGGAUAUACUUAUAAGUGUAAAUAUGGGGCAUGCGUAGAUGGGAAUUCAGAAUGCGAUGGCAUUAAAAAUUGCUUCGAUAACUCCGAUGAGGAGAACUGCAAAAAAGAAACUUCUACUCAAUCACCACCAACAGGGCAACCAAUGGGAAAAACAUGCCUUACGCCCCGGCAACCCCAAAACGGAAAAUGGAUCUAUUUCACUAACGAAAACCAACCCGCCCUGGCAAAUAUCAAAGUACCACCAAAAACCCAACUUGUCUUCAGUUGUAACGACAAAUACACCUUAUCCACCACCCAUAAACGUGAGGAGGAAAUCAUUUAUUGUCGUGAUGAUGGUCAGUGGAGUUUCACGAAAUGGCCCACCUGUAAAAAACUUUGUCCAAAAUUGUACAGCCAGAGCCACGUGAUCCUGGAAUGUAAAAACGACGGGUCGAUUAUACCGUGCGACAAGGCGAUCCAUGAAACUGUACUUACUUACAAAUGUGAUCCUUAUUAUGAACCGGUGAUUCAACAGCCGAACGUUUGUAGUGACGGUAGAUGGUACUAUCCAGAUCCCAGGUGUGAUCCUAUAUGUGGUGAAAAACAAGUUUCCGCCCAAACUCUGGUGGUAAAUGGGGCAGUAGUAAAAAGAGGUCAUUAUCCAUGGGUAGUGGCGUUAUACAGCAACAAAGACAGCUCACCGGACUACACAAAUAUCUGUGGAGGCUCCCUGUUAUCAACGUCCAUAGUAAUCACAGCUGCUCAUUGUGUAACUUAUCAGCAUAACGGCAACACAAUUAACACGAAAUACUUCCAAGUGGCGGGUGGGAAGUAUUACAACAAGUUUGGCGACGAUAGGGAUCAGGAUACUGCCCAAUAUUCAAAAAUUAAGCAGAUCCUUAAACAUCCCGAUUACAGGGGAGACGUACAAAAUUUCGCCAACGAUAUCGCCUUAUUAAAAUUAAAAACCACUUUGGCCUUGUCCAAGGUGGUACAGCCAGUGUGUUUACCAACUAUUUCACUUUUACGUGACAAUACCGUUGGUUUGGUUACCGGUUGGGGUUAUACGACAGCCACAGGACAACCUUCAGACACUUUAAAAGAAAUCGAGCUGCCCUACACCGAUAACGACCAAUGCCGUACAGAACUGGAUCCAGAUUUUGCCGAUAGAUACCUUAUUUCCGAUAAAUUAUGUGCUGGAUACGUCAAUAAAAGUAUGAGCGUUUGCCGGGGUGAUAGCGGUGGUGGUUUAGUGGUAAAAGGAGCAAAUAGCAGGUAUUUUAUCCAAGGUUUGGUCAGUUUGGCCCAUGCUUAUAUGGAGAAUAACCUGAGGAGCUGCAAUAUUCAAAAAAGGGCCUUGUUUACCAAUAUAAACGUGUAUACUGAUUGGAUUUUAACUAAGAAACAGUUAUUGGAAACGUCUUAAUAAAGUGAUAUCCAGAUAGAA